AUGACUUUCGACUUCAACGCCGCUGGGGGGGAAGCCGCACUGUUGGAACAGUUUGUGUUUGACCACCGCGAUCGCUACUCAUAUCCCAUCGUAUCCUCCGCCGCGCCCACGUCUCAGGAUCUCACCACCUCGACCGCCUUGACCACCAUGCCUCAGGUCAACCGCCAAAGCUUGAGCCCGGUGUCGAGCUGGCUGCCGCUUGAACUGGCCGGCACCGUCAGCGCGCCCAUGUCGAUUCACUCGCCCAACUCCGCCAGCGGGACGCCGUCAUCCCCCGAAGAUCAGAGCGCCCGCUCGCCCGGCCACCAGAGCAGCACUAUGUCGAGCCCACUCCAACAGCAGCCGUCCCCGUAUCAAACCACCACCCUCCCGCAGACCACGGGCCUGAUUUCGGACUGGUCGAUGCCGCUUCACUCUCAGCAGCAGCCGACUGCGGAUCUCUCUCAGUUCAUCCAAGAUCCAGCAUUGAUUGGGUUCAAUGCGUAUGCUUCAAAUUUCCAGCAGCCCCCGAUCGAAUACCUGCCGGCAACCACCCAGGCCACCCUUGAUGCUGGCCUUCAGCUGGAGCCCGGCUUCACUACGAUUUCUCCAAUUGACACGACGAGUCGGGUGGUGUCUUGGGGCCCCAACUGGCAGGAUUUCGACCAGUCGCUCGGCUUUCAGCAGCACGAUGGGUUGCCGCGGGUAAGGAGUCUGGGAAGCCACUCGCCAACGGGUACCUACCUCGAGGUGCUGUCAUUGGGCUCGGGCAGCGACAACGGCUGGACUUCGGUGGACAUGUAUGGCAACGUCGACACCUUUAGCCAGCCGCAGCCCUCGCAAAGUCCGGCCAUCUUCAACCCCGGCCAGACCCUGCAUUUGCGGACUCACUCCGACUCCUCGGAUGCUAAUUCGCUUGGCUACGAGGAGGUUCCGUUCCCCUACUCCCCGUUCUCUCCCGCCUCCGAUGGAUUCGUUGACCUCACCAACAACCACCGCAAUUGCUUGCACGGAGAGCACCACCACCACGGAUCGACUUCUCCCGAACUCAUCAGCCCCACCACCGCUGUUGCGCCGCUCCCCGUCAAGACGGUUGUGGCUAACCGGCCUGUGGUUGCCUCGGGUUCCAGCGGUUCCGGCUCUGUGUCGACUUCGCCUCCCGCCAGGCGGAAUUCGGGGACCCGGAAGAGCCCUAUUGCAAAAGCCACGAAGCCGGUCAUUCGGAGAACGUCUACCGGGAAGAAGGAUGGCACAGGUGAGAAGAAGGUCGGCAGGAGACGCGGUCCGUUGCUGCCGGAGCAGCGGAAGCAAGCAAGUGAGAUUCGGAAGCUCAGGGCGUGCCUCCGCUGCAAGUUCCUCAAGAAGACGUGCGACAAGGGCGAGCCGUGUGCUGGUUGCCAGCCUUCUCACGCUCGGUUGUGGCAAGUCCCCUGCACUCGCAUUGAUAUUAAGGACAUUGGAUAUUUCAUGAAGGACUGGAAGGCCGACUACGAGCGCCACCUGGGCCGCGGCAUGUCCGUGUUCAACGUCAAGGGUUUUGCUCAAAAGGAAACCCUCAUGUGGAUCACCCACGGCUACGGCUUCUGCCUCCCCGUCAUGGUUCGUGAGGUGUACGUGGCGGACGAGAGCUGCUUCCAGCUUGAUUGGGUCGAGUCGACGCUGGAGGACCAGGGCCCCAUUGACUUUGAGAUCCGCACCGAGCGCCUGGAUGUUGGCCAGGACGGUAUCUCGAUGGAGACCCUCCACGAGUACCUCGACAAGCACAUCGACGAGGGCUUCGAGCAGUUCAUCGAUGAUCACUUCGAGGGCACGCCUUUCAUCACUGAGAUUUUCAAGACCGCCUACCGGUUCUACACCAAGGAGAGGCUCCCCGUCAUUCGCAAGGCCCUGAAGCUCGUUGUUGCCUACAACUUGACCCUGCACAUUACCAUGGUUGAGCAGCCGCAAACGGAAGAGCCUAUGGAAGGACAGAUCGACGACGAAGACUCCAAGUACUACGGCAAGGUUGUCGCACCAGUCAUGAUCAACUUCCAGAUCAAGUGCGCCAUGGCCGACAUGUGGCGCGAGCUGCAGAAGGACAUUCUCGAGGAGCUGUCGGCUCUCUACUCGAGCGUGUACAGCGGUGAGCGGUUGAAGAACUGGCCCACCAUUUUCAUGUUGGCUUCCAUCCUGCUUGCUGUCUGGGAGGAGAUCCAGUUUGACUGCCACUACCGGGUCCCCGACCCGGUUGCUGUCGAUAAGUUCUGCAGUGACAUGGAGACGGUGCCAGUCGGCGUUAUCGUCGGCCUGUUCCACGCCAUCUCGCAGAAGCUGCCCGCCUUCACCGAAUGGGACACCCGGAGGCACGGCCAGCUGCUCAACAACAACCCUGCGGUCUGCGAGGCCAUGACGGAGGUCCGGCAGCAUGUUAUCAAGCACGAGGCAUAUCUCAAGACCCGCUCCGAAUCCAAGUUCGACCGCUACGACUUUGACUCAUUAUCAAACAAGCUGCUGUCAAAGCUCGUCAUCCGGUCCAACUAG